AUGGCUCGUCUGAGCUUCCUUUUACUGGGCGCUCUGUCUGCGCUCAGCGGCUUCGCCAACGCCAGCUCCGCCGUCAAAGACCUGAUCCCCAGCAACUUCGACCAAGUGGUCUUGAAGUCCGGCAAGCCCGCUCUCGUCGAAUUCUUUGCUCCCUGGUGCGGCCACUGCAAGACCCUUGCUCCCGUCUACGAGGAGCUCGGUGCAGCUUUUGCUUUUGCUGAGGACAAGGUCACCGUCGCUAAGGUCGACGCCGAUGCGAACCGUGACCUGGGCAAGCGCUUCGGUGUGCAGGGCUUCCCUACCCUGAAGUGGUUCGAUGGCAAGAGCGACAAGCCCGAGGAAUACCAGGGUGGACGUGACCUGGAGAGUCUGACCAAGUGGAUCACCGACAAGACUGGCAUUAAGCCUCGUGGUGCUGCCAAGGAGCCCAGCAAGGUUGAGUUCCUGAACGACGCUACCUUCAAGACCGUUGUCGGCGGUGACAAGGACGUCCUGGUCGCCUUCACUGCUCCGUGGUGCGGACACUGCAAGACCCUGGCUCCCGUUUGGGAGACCCUCGCAAACGACUUCGCUCUUGAGUCCGACGUUGUUAUUGCCAAGGUCGACGCGGAGGCCGAGAACGCCCGUGCUCUGGCCAAGGAGCAGGGCAUCACCGGAUACCCUACCAUCAAGUUCUUCCCCAAGGGCUCCACCGAGCCUGAGACUUACACUGGUGCCCGCUCGGAGGAGGGAUUCAUCCAGUUCCUGAACUCAAAGACUGGCACUUUCCGCGCCGUCGGUGGUGGUCUGAACAGCAAGGCCGGCACCGUUGCCGUCUUGGACAAGCUCGUUGCCGAGUACGUGCCCACGAAGGACUUUGAGAAGCUCGCCACCGAGAUCAAGAAGGCCGCCAAGGGCCUCCAGGACAAGUACGCUCAGUACUACGUCAAGGUUGCCGACAAGCUCAGCGCAAACCAGGAGUAUGCGUCCAAGGAGCUGGCUCGACUGGUGAAGCUUGUUAGCAAGGGUGGCUCUGCCCCUGAGAAGCUUGACGAUCUCGUUUCGCGCAGCAACAUUCUGCGUGGCUUUGCUGGACAGGCAGAGCCCAAGGAUGAGCUGUAA